CGAUAUUUUAUGUUGAUACCCAACGUGGGCAACUUUUGUGGUUGGCUCUAUCUCUCAGUUUUUACGACAGUCUCCAUGAUGGCGCCUAACGUUCCUACAUCUUCCACUAUUGUUCGCACUUGCUAUAAUUGCAGUGAUCCUGGUCACUUUGUUCGAUGGUGCCCUCACCCUCGUGUUUCUCAACCUAACCAUGUUAUUGUUUCGGUUGAAACACCCUUGGUCACUACCCUUGCCAGUGCCCCUUCUACCUCUGUUGUUUCUAAUUCUGCAAGUACCCAUCAAGGCGGCGGAUCCUAUCAGAAAGGAAGUGGAUGGUAUCAAGCGCAGCAGCGGCUUGAAUAUCUGGAGAAUACUGUUGCGCUUAUUAAGAUUCGGCAUGACACUGAUGUUGAACGGGAGAAGAACAGACUGGCUGAAGAAGAGAAGGCAGUAAAGAUGAAGGAGGAGGAAGAGCGAAGGGCUCUUGAAAAGAAAGAACGUGAAGAAACGAACAAAGCCUUGGUAGACUCACUGAACUGUCGACUAGAUUCGGUGUGCCUGGCGCUUUCUAGCAAGCGGUUGGAGGAAGUCGAGGCGUUGCACAAGAGCGAUCCGGUGAGAAUCACCACUCCUUCGAUAUCUACGAUGAAUCGUGGCCAAGCUUCUGAUGAUGUUUUUGCUAAACUUAUGGCGGAGCAAGAACGAAUGAAGACUCAGAUUGAAGAUUCGCUGGCUGCCAAGAGUCGGCUUGAGAAACUAGAACGUGAGUUGGAGGUUAUUCGACAAGCUCGUGAUGAUGCAAUUGUUGAUGCUGAGGUUUGGCGUCAGGAGGCCACCCGACCUGGAUCGAAGAGAGGGUGUGUUAACUUAUCCACGCCUAGUGUGCAUGCCACUGUGGAGCCUUGUCGUACUCCUGCCAAAGUAGCCUCGGUACGCGUUGAUUACAAAGAGUUGAAGCAGUUCCAUAACAUGGAAGUUGAAAAGAUCAAGGAAAUGCGUCUGAUUGAGCUCAAUGGCCCAGAGAGGCCGAACGAGAAACUUGAAAAAACUCGCCUCAGGAUUGUGCAACUGGAAGCUGAUAAAGCCAGUAGCACCCCUCGGUCCAAUCUGAGAGCACGACUUGAUGAGGUUGUUGCUGGUUCGGAAAAGGGCAAGAAGAAGACGUUGCAGGACCCUGCAGUUCAGCUGAAUGAUCGUAAAACCUUCAUCAAAGAAACAAGGAAGGCAUUACCUCAAACUAAGGACAAACUUGCAGCUAGUUGUGCCAAGGAAGGCAUAGUGUACACCACCAUUCGGCAGACCAUUGAUGAUAUUGUGGCCAAGCGAGUAUUAGAUGUGUUUCCUCCGUUGCAUGUUGAUUCCGUGAAUGCUACUGACGAUCUAAGUGUCGAUGUUGCUGAAGAUGCCAGGGGAGACUCUGAUGUUUCUUAGGGUCUCUCCCGGAUGCGACUCGAUUAUGGGUUGUUUUUCACCAAUCUAUGCGACUACGAAUUACUACUCCUUCUCUACUCUGCUGUCGGGCACUCAAUCGCUUUCUACAGGUAGUGGUCACUUUGCUCAUUCUCUCUAACUGUAUUCCUUGGGCUGCUAAAUUUAGGAAUCUAAUCACUUAUGCAUGUUAUUGGGAGGAUGACCGUAACAAGAGGGAAGUUCCUACUGGACCAUUGAUCUACCUCCUGAUUUCACCAUGGUGUCGACACGUGUAUGUAGGGAGCACAGGUAGAGAUCUGUUUACAAGAUGGAAUGAACAUCUGUUUUGUGC